AUGAUUCACAGAGUUGAAAAGCUCAUACCAAAUCUCGAGCAUAAACGGAAAUAUGUGGUACACAUCGGAGCUUUACAUCAAGCCCUGAAACACGGGCUCGAGCUUAAAACGGUGCACCGUGCUAUUCAAUUCAAACAUAGUGCCUCGCUCUGGGACUAUAUCGAUCACAACACGAAGCUGAGAACUGCCGCCAAAAACGAGUUCGAGAAGGAUUUCUAUAAGCUUAUGAAUCUCUCGGUCUUUGGAAAAACCAUGGAGAAUAUCCGCAAUCACCGCAACAUCAAGUUAGUUACGAAUGAGGCCGCAUAUACGAAGCUGACUAUACAACCAAACUUUAAAAGCGGUAUUAGCUCCAGUAAAAAUUUGACGGGGAUUGAAAUGGGUAGGACAGGAAUCAAAAUGAAUAAGCCCGUGUAUAUUGGUCAAGCUAUCCUGGAUCAGCAAAAACCGUCAUCUUCAUUUACCACAUACGAACAGAGGACUUCUAUCGAUGAUGUAGAAACACGCUUCGAUACUAGUGCCUAUAGAAAAGAUGACAAUAGGCCCCUGUCAAUAGGGAAGAACAAGAAAGUUGUGGGUCUCAUGAAAGACGAAUUAGGCGGCAAAAUUAUGACCACAUUCAUCACAUUGAGACCGAAGGCCUACGCCUACAAAGCCUUAACGAAAGAGGGCUAUGAUCGCAAAGCAAAGGGUGUGAAGAGGACCGUGACCAAAAAAUGUAUCACAUUUGAAGAUUACGAGCAAUGUCUGAAGGAAGGUAUUAAUAUUUCCAAGAGUUGGCGUUGUAUUAAUAACAAAGGUCACAAUAUAUACACGCAGGAAGUCACAAAAAUAGCGUUAAAUAGAGCUAAUGUCAAAAGGAUCGUUCGGGGUCAUUAUCGGUUGAAGAAAUAA